CGAAACUUGACCACACACGAAAGCGAUUGAAUCGGAUUUGAAUGAUUAAAACACGAUUCACAGCCAUGGCGAUGGUUUCAAACAGUUUUUCAUUUCCUCUGUUCUCAUCCUUUUGUCAUAGCCAUGAGUGGUUUAAAAUUGUUCAUUCAUGAAGCUGACUAUUUUUAUACUUUGACUCUUGUAUUAUGGCGACUGGCAGUCCUUCAGAUAGAGUAAUGCAUGCUAGAUUUCACUGACAGCAACCACGUCUAUACCAAACUGGCGGGUAUUGCCAUAUGAAUCGGACGAUGAUGACACUAACGAGUAUUUUUCAGGAUUAGGAGAAACCAAAGAGAGAUUACAAGACAAAUAUUGCGACUUAUUUCUAGUCGAUGCAGCAUUCCAAAUGCAUCAAGUGCCCGACGGCCAAUCGAUCUCUCCAUUCAAUACUGCAUUAUCUAGCAUUGCUGCCUAUCUUCAAACCAAGGUUUUUGAAAGCAAUUCAGAUACCAUUGGCUUGGUCUUUUACGGAACUAAUACAACGCAGAAUGCCAUGCACGCAAAAUCAAUAUAUGUCAAGUAUGAUUUAGAUCUCCCUGAUAUCAAUCGAAUUCUCGAGUUAAAACAUAUGGCCAAAGAUUCUUCUGUGUUUGAAAGUCAGAUCGGAUCUGCUACUGACCCAUAUAAUUACAGUGAUGUAUAUUGGGUUGCCUUGUCUAUAUUUUCAAAAAGUGCACCUCGACUGGCACGAAAACGCAUCUUUGUCAUUACAAACCAAGAUCUGCCAACCAGCACUGAUGCACUAUCACUGGCAGCCACUCGUUCGCGUAUUUCGGAGCUGGAGAGCAUGUAUAUAUCGGUGGAGCUGUUUGCAAUUGACAAAUCAGAUACAGAUUUUUUUGCGCUGAAUCUGUUUUACAACCAAAUUCCCGAGUUUUGGCUGGGAGAUGAUGUUGAUCUGACUACUAUUCCUUCAAGUGACAACUUUUCGGAACUUUGUAAUCGCAUUCUGCUUAAAAAAUUUAAACAAAGUAUUGUGUUUCGAGUUCCAUUUACGCUUCCAGGAGGAUUUAGAAUCGGUGUAAAGGGAACAUAUCUUGUAAAGGCUAAGAACGGUCAAUCAGUUAAACAUCUCGAGCACUCUACAAUGAAACAAGUAGAUUUUCAGUCUAUAUUAACGUGCAUGACUACGGGGCAGUUGAUGAUUCCUGAUGAUCUCAAGCUAUGCUAUUCAUUUGAAACCGAAAAAGUUGUGUUUACAAAUGAAGAAAAGUGCAAUAUUAAAUCAUUUGGAGAGCCGCAACUAGUUUUGGUUGGAUUUAUGGAUGUUUCGGAUUUAAAGGCCAAGCACAAUCUUCAAGCCUCGGUGUUUAUUACUCCAGAUGAAAAGCAAUACUCUGGAAGUUCUUCAUUGUUUUCUCAUCUACUAAAACAAAUGUCGAAUCGAAACAAAUUGGCAAUAUGCAAGCUUAUUGCUCGCGUGAAUUCUGUACCACGCAUGAUUGCACUUUUACCACAAAUACAGGGUGUUGGUUUUUUUGGUAAAGAGCUACUAUCGGGAUUUCAUGGUAUUUAUCUUCCGUUUGGUGAUGAUUUGAGAGUGCGCAAGUAUGCUCCCAGGUUUGUCCCACCCGAACUUGUGGAUGCUGCAAGUGAAUUGUUGAAUCAUGCUUCCAAUGCUACUAUAGACUUUUCUCUCUUUAACAAUCCUGUGAUUGAUCGCCAUAAUGCUUAUGUCGAAGCUUUGGCACUUGGGCAAGAUUGUCCUCGUGAAACUCUUGACGCUACCAUGCCAGAUGAGCAAGAGAUUCAUGAUACAUAUGGUGACUUUAUUCAAAAUUUUAAAUCUGUUUGCCAGGUAUAUAACUCGCAAUGCAAUGACAAUGAGCCGACAACGGGGAUUGACAUUGCGAAACGAACAGUGACAAGUACAGGUAGUAAGCAAGCAAAACGUUCCAAACUAGCUUCAAAGCCUAUGGACGUUCAAAACGUUGAAAUAUUGGCAUCACAGGGAAAGUUGUCUACACUUAGUGUACUACAGCUUAAUCAAUUCUUGACAACUGUAAAAUGGGAUAUAACUAGCAAUCGGAAGGCGGAUUUGAUAAGUCAAGUCAUGACAUAUCUGCAGUCCAUAUAAUGUGCAUCACUUUAUCUAAAGGGUUUUUAGUUGUCACUGCAACACUAGUCAAUGAUAUUAAAGUAUAAUAAACAGUUUCAUAAACAAUUGAUGUGUUG